UGUACUGUAGCUGCCCCUAACCCUACAACAAUAACAACAUAGUUUUAAUUCUCGCAAAAUGACAGAAGAGCUAUAUCAAAUCUUCCACAGCGCUCAGGAAGUGUACGAUUAUCUCCAGACAUUCCAAAACAGAACACUGACAAAGUUCUGCCUCGACUGCUGCUCUUCACACUUUGGAGAUCAAAACUGGAGACCUUACAUCGGAGAAAAGAGUCGAUUAUACUGGAGAAAUGACCAGGCCAAGAUUCCAUUUGAUGGUGUCCCAUUUAUGUUUGGAGGUGUUAAGUCAUGGCGGUGUCAUCAAGGACCAGAUUUUGGCAAAAGAAGAAAGGAGAAAUAUAGAGAGCAGCGGGAUAGGUUAGAGCGAGAAGGCCAUGUACAGAUAAAGCGCAGAACACCACCUGUAUCAAAGAAGAUUGGCUGUCCUGCCAUGAUAUACGCUCACCAAUUGGUAAAGUUUCCUGGAUAUAAGGUAUCAACAGACAGUGAACCUUCUAAAAGACACAGAGACAAAAUGAAAAAAAACUUAUUGCAAGAAGUCAAGAGUGAAGUAGGGAUUCAGAUGGAGAUUUUAUUUCUUGUCAGACUCCCGGUGCUGACUGACCACAAUCAUCCUGUUCCUAAUGAUAGUAGCAGAAAAUGUCGAAGAUCUCAGAAGAUAAAAGCCAUUGCUAGGACUGAACUACCAAAAUUACUAAUUACAGAAGAAGCAGAUUUAAGUGACACAGAUUUUCUCCACACAUUUAGAGUCACAAAGUCUGUGUAUCAGUUCCUGGUAGGAGAAUGGCAGAAUGAUGUGGCAGAGAGCCUAAAGAUAGAAGGAGUGCCAGUAACUGAGUUGGACCAGUAUAAACACCAAGUUUUGGCUGCAUUAUACUAUUUGGGUUCAGCUGAAAAAUUGGCCUCUGCAUCUGAAAGAUUCAACAUGUCACCAAUUGCCUUUCUGAACACUACUAUCAGUUUUACUGACUUCCUGAUAAGACGGCAAGAUAUAUAUGUGACCAUGCCAGCACUAGAAGAGAGGUUAGUUAUUGCUGAGGCUGUCAAAAAUGUUUCUGGCUUCCCUGGUGCUAUGGGGGCAAUGGAUGCAGCACUGAUUCACAUGAGGACUCCAGCUGGCUCUGAGAAGCAAGAUUACUGCUAUGAUAAAUGUAAGGCAGGAUCCAAAUGUGCCUUUGUUCUCCAGUUCAUAGUGGACCACAGACUUAUCUUUCGAGAUAUUCACUUAGAUGCUCCAAGUGCUGGUACACGUAUUCAGAUAUUUCAGGAAUCAAGUGCAUGGUUUUUCUUACAAAAUCUGACGAGCUCAGAAACGCAUGUUGUUGCCCCAGCUGUGUAUCCCCUUGCUCCUGCAAUCAUGACGCCACACAUGAAUGAAAUACUCUCCUACCAGGAGGCAUUAUUUAAUGAAAACCACAAAGAAGCUCAUAAGCUGGCAGGUAAUGCCAUGGCAUUAUUCAAGUCAAGAUUUAAGCGCAUGCAACAGCUGGACCGCCACAUCGAGAACAACAGCAAGUUUUUGAGGGCUUCUUGCAUUCUUCACAAUAUUGCUUUAAUUCACGAACCUGAAUUGGUGUUGGAUAAAUUGUCACUGGAAUACAACAGAAAUGUGGAUGAUGAUGGCUGGCAUCAUGUGGGAAAAGAAGAAAUUGUUGCUGAGUUUGGUAUUCUUGGUGGAGAAGAGAAGAGACAUUAUCUCACAACUGUAAUGACAACUCACUGUGAUGGUGUCUUGUCUUGUGUAGAAUUUCCUUAAUAGUUUGAAGUUGGCAUGUAAAGCAAUGCAUGAUGAUUAAUAGACAGCUAUCCCAGUAGGAAUGUUUCUUCCAAGAAGUCAUAUGUCAUUAGUCUUGGCAAGCACAAAUUAUAUAUAUAUAUAUAUAUAUAUAUAUGUUGUACCUAGUAGCCAGAACGCACUUCUCAGCCUA